CUGGUUCUGUAUUAUGCACGUUUUCCUUUGCUUUGUUUGCACUCUAUUAUCUAGACUUUACAGACCGCACCCUGGCUGCACCCAGUUUCUAAAUUUAUUCAUAAAAAGAUUUGUCUUUCUGAUUUUCUUUUUGUGUGGAAAAAAAAUUUCGACAUCAUGUUCCGUGUGGCUUGCGUGGUUCUUUGUUUUGCAGUGUCGUCUGCUUUUAUAUUUCAUAGCUCGGGUUCGGGCUCGAGCUCGGUCAAUUCCUGCAGUCGAUACCUCUCCAUGAACUGUAACGAAUUCGGCCACGAUAAAGAAUGUGGAACUGACGGAACUACUUAUGACAACCGGUGUGCCUUCACGCAAGCCAAGUGUCGUGGGCAAGACAUCCACGUGGCACACAAAGGCGAGUGUACGGGUCUAAAGCCAACCGGACCUCCGCUCCUGACCGGCGAAAAGGCCAUCCAGGACUUCUUCUGUUUAGAGCUAGCUCACGAAAACUGUCCCGGCGGAGUGGAGAAAAUAUGUGGCACGGACGGAUUUACUUAUCUCAACAUGUGUGAAUAUGAGAAGGCACGCUGUAUGCACAGGGAACUCCACGUCAGAAAAUUCGGCGAAUGCACCAAAUAACUCAUGCUACAUCAAAAGCUAAAUCAAGGCAGCACGCCCCUCGAUAACUACAGAUGAUUCCGUGCCAUGUUGUAAAUGGAAUAUUAAAUUCCGUGCCAUGUUGUAAAUGGAAUAUUAAAUUCCGUGCUAUGUUGUAAAUGGAAUAUUAAAUUAUUUUAAUUUUCAGUUAUUACAUUUGUAGUUCUUUGUGUUUGUUUAUUUGGUAAGAAAGAUGGAAAGAAAGAUCACGUUUAUUUAACGACGCCACAGCACAUUUUAAACUACAUUGUACUUAAUAUUUCGUGGCUAGUAUUUAACGGUUAUUUCAACACGAUCUAGAGUACGAGAAUGGAAGUUAA